AUGUCCUAUUCCUACCUCGCCGAGUCUACCUACGGGAAAGACAACGUCAAAUUCCUUAAGGUUAAGAAGGACAAGACCAACCCCAAGCUGCAUGAAAUCAUGGAAGCGACCGUCUGCGUCCUGUUGAAGGGAGACUUUGAUGUGUCCUAUACCGAAGCUGACAACAAACCCAUUGUCCCCACUGACACGGUCAAAAACACGAUUUUGAUCUUUGCUAAGAAGUACGACACUUUUCCAACGGAAAAGUUUGCCGCCAAACUUGCGCUCCACUUCACUUCCAAAUACUCUCACGUCUCUGGCUUGACCAUCAAAAUUUAUCAGGACAGAUGGGUCAAGUAUGACGUUGACGGAAAGGAGAGCUUGCACUCUUUCACACACCAGGGCCCAGAGAAGAAGGUUACGUUUUUGGACUGGGAUAAGAAAAACGGGCCAAGAAACUUUGUCCUAACUACAGCGAUCAAGGACUUGACUGUUCUUAAAUCUACUGGCUCAAUGUUCUAUGGCUACAACGUUUGUGACUACACCACUCUAAAACCGGCUACCGACCGUAUUUUAUCGACCGACAUUUUUGCAACCUGGGAGUGGAACCCUUUAAAGCUUGGUUGUUUGAAUUCAAUUGCAUCUGGAUCCAAGGAUGCCAUCUUUAACGAUACAUAUCACAGUGCGCGUGAUAUUACCCUUGAUAUUUUUGCCAAAGAAAACUCACCAUCCGUGCAGGCCACGAUGUUCAACAUGGCUACGGCAAUCUUGAAAAAGGCCCCACAGGUUGAUUUCGUAAGCUACGAAUUACCAAAUAAGCACUACUUUCUGUUCGACUUUAAGUGGAAGGGCUUGGACAACGACAAUGAAUUGUUUUACCCAUCUCCUCACCCAAAUGGGUUGAUCAAGUGCAGAGUUGGUCGCAAACAGGCCAAACUGUAA